AUGUCGGUAGCAAAAAAUAAACGCUCCGCAAAAGAAUUAAAUAAUUCUGUUUUGAGUACUCCUACUAAGCCAAGUACUAAGGUACAGAAAAAAGAAGUUGAUGACGAAGUGGUCGAAAAAAAAUGGGAUCUAGAAUCGCUAUUUAAGCUAGUUGAGAGUAUGAACAAGAAACUGGACAAGCUUGAAUCAAUCGAAGCGCAUUUAAAACACGUGGAUCACGAUAUCACUGAACUGAAACACUCGCUAUCUUAUAUGCACGAUACAACUGAAGAAUUGAAGUUAAAACAAACCUCCUAUGAUGAUAUAUUGUUGAAAAAUGAAGAAAAAAUAGGCAGUCUCGAGAAGUUGGCGUCAACCCUUAAAGAAGAGCUAAUUGACCUCAGGGCACGAAGCAUGAGGAGUAACCUUAUGUUUUACAAUCUACCUGAGAAUGAUGAAGAAAAUCCUGAAAAAGUGGUGUCAGAGGUAUUGGAGAAGAUCAAUCCCGAAUUCAAGAAGAUGGAAAUCGAAAGGGUGCACAGAAUUGGGAAAAAAAGGUUGGGUUCGGUGCGACCUAUUGUUGCGAAAUUCCUCCGCUUCAAAGAUAAGGAACUUAUCCGGAAGAACAGCAAAAAGCUAAAAGGUACCAAGAUUGGAAUAUCCGAGCAGUAUCCCAAGUAA